AUGGAAAAAAUUGAAUGUGUUUUCCUAUGCUUUGGUAACUCAGUUGCCUCAACCCGCUUCUUGCUGCAAGAUGAGUUCAACAUACAAACGACUCAGUGCGAUAACUGCAUUAUUAACACCCACAUUGAUACAAAGUUCAUCAAGCUGGAUGCUGAAAAUGCGCCCUUCUUUGUGACAAAAUUAGCAGUCAAAACUCUGCCUUGCAUCAUAUUGUUCAAAAAUGGUGUUGCCUUCGACAGGCUGAUUGGGUUUCAAGAUCUUGGCAGCAAAGAUGAUUUUACCAUGAGUGCCUUGGAGAAUCUUCUGAAAAGAAAAGGCAUCAUAGAUGAAAGGAAAGGAGGUGACAAUGAUGAAGAUGCAGACGAUGAUACUGACAGUUACAAACACAGGAACAUCAGGUCUUCUACAAUUCAGGAUUCUGAUUCAGACUGAGCAGACAGCAAUACCACAAUUUUUUUAUCUUAAUGUCUAUCUUGACCAUAUACUCUGAGAAAAGUACUUUUGCACAUCCGCUAGGGGUUCUUGAACCCACAAAUU